UUUUAAGGUUCCGAACUUUUUUUUAUUUUAAAAUGAGAAACCAAAACAAAAAACAAUGAUGUUACUAUUUCGAGUCGACACUAAGUUUGAUCAUGUUACUGUAGUAAGAUAAUUAAGAUAUGAUAUACAACACAAGAGGCCAAAACCACGAGAAGAUGUAAUAGACAUAUUCUGUUUCUUCUCCAGAAUUCAUGUGAGUCUUGUCGAUUUUGAUCCUCCCUCUUCUUCCCCAAACCUCUCAUGUACAGUUUGUAAUUCGAUCUGGUUUUUUUUCGGCCAAAUUUUAAAUCCCAAAGAUUCAACAAGAAUCACCACCAUGAAAGGGAAUAAAAAGACGAUGACGAAGCAGAUAACGGCGAGACGUGACGAUACGCCGUUACACACGGCGGUUAGAGAAGGCAGAACGGAGCUUCUUUUAGAGAUGAUCGGCGAAUACGACGGCAACGGCGUAGAGCUGAAAGAGUUGCUGGCGGAGCAAAACCAGUCAGGAGAAACGGCUUUAUACGUGGCGGCGGAAUCCGGUCACACCGACAUGGUCAAGAUUCUGAUGAAACACUGCGACUCUGUCUUAGCCGGAACCAAAGCCAAAAACGGCUUCGACGCUUUUCACAUCGCCGCCAAAAACGGAAACCUAAAGGUUCUUGAUGUGUUAAUGGAAGCAAAUCCAGAGCUUUCAUUCACAUUUGAUUCGUCCAAAACGACGGCACUUCACACGGCGGCUUCACAGGGCCAUGGACAGAUUGUUUGCUUUCUGCUGGAUAAAGGUGUGGACUUAGCCGCUAUUGCAAAAAGCAAUGGUAAAACCGCUUUGCACUCUGCGGCUAGGAACGGACACACAGAGAUUGUGAAGGAGCUUAUUGCAAAGAAGCCUGGAAUGGCUACAAGGGUCGACAAGAAAGGUCAAACCGCGCUUCAUAUGGCGGCUAAAGGACAGAACGCUGAGAUCGUGGAUGCGUUGAUAAAAGCAAAUUCUCCGUUGAUCAAUGCAGCGGACAAUAAAGGAAACACUCCUUUGCAUAUCGCAGUCCGUAAAAACAGAGCAGAGGUAAUUGUUCAGACGGUUUUAGAGUAUGAUGAAAUCAGUCGAGUGUCGGUUAACAAAUCAGGAGAAACAGCGCUUGAUAUCGCUGAGAAAACCGGCCUGCACGAGAUUGUACCGCUUCUUCAGAAGAUUGGUAUGCAGAACGCAAGAUCCAUCAAGCCAGCUGCAAGGGUGGAAACAUCAGGCUCUUCUAGGAAGCUGAAAGAAACGGUGAGCGAGAUAGGCCACGAGGUGCACACUCAGCUUGAACAGACCGGUAAAACGAGAAGAGAGAUCCAAGGAAUCGCUAAACGGGUCAACAAGAUGCACACGGAAGGACUCAACAACGCCAUAAACUCCACAACUGUAGUCGCCAUUCUCAUAGCAACCGUAGCUUUCGCAGCUAUCUUCAACGUUCCAGGCCAGUUCACGGAUGAUCCGAAAGACGUUCCUGCAGGGUAUACACUCGGAGAAGCGAGAGCAGCUUCGAGACCAGAGUUCUUGAUCUUCGUCGUGUUUGAUUCUUUCGCGCUCUUCAUCUCUUUAGCCGUUGUUGUGGUUCAGACAUCAGUUGUGGUUAUAGAGAGGAAAGCUAAGAAGCAAAUGAUGGCGAUAAUCAACAAACUCAUGUGGAUGGCUUGCAUAAUGAUCUCAGUCGCCUUCUUGUCGCUGUCUUUCGUUGUUGUUGGAGAUAAAGAGAAGCCUCUUGCGAUUGUUGUAACCGCCAUUGGAGCUUUGAUCAUGGUUUCGACACUUGGGACUAUGUGUUAUUGGGUGAUUGCUAAUCGUAUUGAAGGCUCUAAAUCGUCUCCAGCUUCAAUGAUGUCGGACCCUGAGUUAGUGGAUCACAAGCAUAACCGGAAACUUUAUGCGGUUUGAUUGGAGUGAAAGAAAGAGCAGUAAAAAUCAUUCAAGAAUGUAGAGAAGAAUGUAGAGAUUAUUGUAUCCAGAAAUAAAAGAAAGAUCUCGUGUUUAGAUUCUGUAUAUGUAAACAAAGAAAUGUAAAAAUUAGCAUGAAUCACCUGACUUGUAUUAGCAGUUUUUUAUAUGAUACGUUGCAAUAACAUAAACAUAGUUUUUUGUAAAGAAAAUUAGAUUAACAUAAUAUAACCUUUUAAUACAUCUCUCCC